CAAUCGCACGUGAGGAUGUUACACAGAAACGCGUGGAGACUGCUGGAAACUUCUAGCUGAACGCUAGUUGUCCAUAAUUAACAACGUCAGCCUGCAUUUACCUUUCAACCAGAGAGUGUAAAUACUUUUAAACGACAGCACCGGACAGUAUGUCAGUUAUCGAAGAGGAGCGCGUGCGCGGUGGAGUUUUUAAAGACAUUAAUGCAGAAGAUGAAGAUGCUCAACCUACCGUGAUCGAGAGUUUGUGCAUGAACUGUUAUGAAAAUGGGAGCACGCGUCUUCUGCUCACUAAAAUCCCUUUCUUCAAAGAAAUUAUUAUCAGCUCCUUCACAUGUCCACACUGCAACUGGUCCAACACAGAAAUCCAGUCUGCUGGCAGGAUACAGGAACAAGGUGUCAUAUACACCUUAGAAGUGAAGAGCAAAGAGGAUAUGAAUCGUGAGGUGGUGAAGUCUGACGGUGCAACAGUCAGAAUACCAGAAGUUGAUUUUGAAAUUCCUGCUUUUACACAGAAGGGCUCAUUGUCAACAAUUGAGGGCCUGUUGGGCAGAGCAGUGUCAGGUUUAGAACAAGACCAACCCAUUCGAAAGGCAACAGAUCCAGCUGUAGCUGAAAAAAUAGACGGGUUCAUCCAGAGGCUGAAAAAACUUGAAGAAGUAGAAGAGCAAUUCACACUAAUUAUUGAUGAUCCAUCUGGAAACAGUUUUAUUGAGAACCCAUUCGCCCCUCAGAAAGACAUCGCUCUUUCUGUCACACAUUACAAAAGAACGUCUCAGCAGGAUGCUGCACUUGGAAUAGAGGCAGAGGAGGAGCAAGAAGACGAAAAGCCUGCCAAUGAUCUAGACACCAUGAGAAAUGAGGUGUUAGUGUUCAACACUAAUUGUCCAGAAUGCAACGCCCCAGCUAAUACAAACAUGAAGCUUGUUCAAAUUCCACACUUUAAAGAGGUUAUUAUAAUGGCCACUAACUGUGACAGCUGUGGGCAUCGCACCAAUGAGGUGAAAUCAGGAGGAGCCACAGAAGAACUGGGAACCAGAAUAACCCUACACAUAACUGACCUUUCAGACAUGUCCAGAGACCUUCUGAAGUCAGAGACGUGUGGCGUGUUGAUUCCCGAACUGGAGUUUGAGUUGGGAAUGGCGGCUCUCGGAGGGAAGUUCACUACCCUGGAAGGUCUUCUAAAGGACAUCAAAGAUUUGAUUGUUUCAAAAAACCCAUUCAUGUGUGGAGACAGCUCUACAGGCGAUAGAGCAGAAAAACUGGAGGCUUUUGGGCAAAAGAUCGACAAGAUUAUGGCAGGAGAGAUGGAUGUUCAUAUCAUCCUGGAUGAUCCAACAGGGAAUAGUUAUCUUCAGAAUGUUUACGCUCCUGAUCCCGAUCCAGAAAUGAAAAUUGAGAAGUACACCCGGACCUUUGAGCAGAAUGAAGACUUGGGGCUGAAUGACAUGAAGACAGAGGGGUACGCAGAGACUUAGUCAAAUGGAGAUGAGCACUUAUAGGACAAAUCCUUUAUAUGAAUGUUAUUUAAUUCACUUUUAUUGUAAGUAACCACCAUGACUAGAAAUGUAGUCUUAAAGGCAAAAUUAUGUUUUUGGGAGGGGAAUCACUAUUUUGGCUCGAGUAUGCAAGGAUCUGAGUUUUCCAUGUUGCCAUUAAAUCAUUUUAAGUUAUUGCAAAUUUUGGUCGGAUUGGCUACGGUGCCCUUGUGUUAAAUAUACUCAAAUUGUUACCAAGUUGUAAAAUACUUUAAACUACGGACACUCAAUAAAGUAGUCUUAAUAAUGUCAA